GCUUCUUUGUGGAAUGCUUGGAAGAUACUUGGCAACUAAGGCUUAAGUUGCUCAAGCAUACCUUAAAGAUUGCAUCCCCAGUGCCAUGAAGAGAAAGUCUCGUUCAGUGAACCUCAGAAAAACUAAGCACAAGCCAGAGGAGACAUGCAAGGCCUUCAAGGAUAUCUCCAAACACUUCUCCAAGGGAGAGUGGGCAAAGCUGAGCCGUUCAGAGAAGAUCACAUAUGUGUAUAUGAAAAGAAACUACACCACCAUGACUAAUCUAGGCCUCAGAGCUCAUCUCCCAGAUUUCAUGGAAUCUAAGAAAGAGGUCACACAAUCUGUGCUCAAUGACAGUGACGAAGUUUCCAGCCAUGAGUGUCAAGGACUUAGAAGGCCAGUAAGCAUCUGGAGCCAUCGGUUAAGGGAAGGAAGAAGCCGGUGAUAUAUGAAGAAAUCAGUGACCCGGAAGAAGAAGAAGAUGAAGAUAAAGAGGAAGAGGAAGAAGAAGGAGAAGAAGGAGAAAGAGAAGAAGAUUCAAACUAUAGGAGGAAGAACCCCAUGGUGUGAAGAAGAACAUCAUAGGCCUCAAGAUUAUGGGCACAACUCUAAAAUCCUAAGCAUCAAAAAGAAAAAUUCUUAUCAGGGAAAGUUAAGCAUCACUGUACCUUCUAAGUGCCAAGGACUGCCUUGAACAUUGGACCUACUGUGUAACACAUCAGCAUUGUUCCUUCUGUGUAGUCUUCUCUUAGCAUUGAUUGUACUGAAUUUUUACUCCAUAAGCACUUUUCUUAAUGUGUCCAUGUACAUCUCUUAACAUUGCUCUUGUUGUUUC